AUGGGUUCCGCUGCUUCAAAGCCCGCUAAGUCAGCGGCUGGCGCUGCCUCACGGCGCCAAUACCCCAAACAGUCUGCUCCUCCACCGAGGGGCCCGCGCAAAGCUCCGAAAGAAACCAAAGCAGCGUCUGCACCUACGCCUACUCCCGCAUCCAAGCCCAAGGCUAGUCCCUCGCCUCCUCGCGCACCCGCACCUGCACCUCCUUCUCAAGGCCCAACAUACCACUCAAAGGAGCAAGCAUCCAGCGUGAAGUCUGAUGCUAUCGACAUGGACGGUCGGGAUCCCGACUUCGCCGCCUCCCUCCGGUCAAUAGGUCCCGUCAACCCAUCACCUACAUUCUCAAAUUCAAGCACCUUCAACCGCUCAAAACAAACUGUCUUCCCACAUGCUUCCAACCCGGCACUCCUAGUUGUCACUGCUCGACAACGCCUCACAGAGGCUGCGGAAAGAGAAUCCGAGCACUUCGGCCAUGCAGGUCACCCGGGGAGAUCGUUCCUGGAUGCCCUGACUAUCCAACAGGUGUUGACGAUGCGGGACAAGCAGGGUAUGCGUCGUGGAGAUAUUGAACGAUUCCUCGGGUUGAAGAAGGGGGUGUUGGAGCGGUUAGGAAAGGAUGAGAUUGUGUCGCGUAUUACAUGA